CCAUCAAGUUUGACACUAAUGACAGUUCGAACGCGCUUGAACGACGCGGCCAUUUUAUUUUAUGAUUUUUAUCCAUAAAGUGAGUUCAGGCUCCCGGAAAUUAAUUUUAUCGUUGAAUUGCCAUAUUUUAACGUAAUAACCAUGGAUCGCUCACCAAGGGAUAGAAGAGACUCGCCUGCCAGAAAAGACCGAAGUUAUUCAAGGAGCCCCAGCAGGGGACGCGGUAGAGACAGAGACCGUCGCGACAGGUCCCGAUCGAGAUCCAGAGACUACAGUAGGGACAGAGAUAGAAGUCGCUCGAGGUCUAUUUCACACAGUCCUAUGUCUAGUCGCAGGCGUCACGCUGGCACCAGAGACAACCCCAGGCCCAGCAGAUGUCUUGGGGUGUUUGGACUGAGCGUUUAUACCACCGAGGACGAAUUAUAUCAUAUUUUCAAUAAAUACGGGCCAGUCGAGAGGGUGCAGGUGGUGAUUGAUGCCAAGACUGGUCGCUCGAGGGGCUUCGCUUUUGUCUACUUUGAGAGUUCAGACGAUGCGAAGACGGCUCGGGAACAGUGUAGCGGCAUGAAAAUUAAUGGGAAAAGCAUCAGGGUGGACUUUUCUAUUACUGAGAGGGCGCACACGCCGACCCCUGGGAUUUACAUGGGAAAACCCACUUACAAAUAUGACAGAUAUGAGGGCAGAGGUGGCCGUAGGGACCGAGAUGAUUAUCGAGGCUCCAGGUACCGUCGCUCUCCUUCUCCUUACUACAGUAGCAGGAGCCGAAGGCGGUACUCCCGAUCUCGCAGUUACUCACCACGUCGUUAUUAAACUUAAGCGACUGUACGCGGGUGCUCGUGGACGCUUAGUAGACUCACUCUAUUUAACUCUUAAUAAAAAUAGAGCCAAGUCGGUUUAUUUUUUUUUUGUUUACAUUUUUUUUAUCCCUUUUGACUGUUAGUUGCAAAACAUUGUACCAGUUUGAGGAAUUAUAAAACGUGUGUCUUUUAAGUAGGGUCGAGAACUACCCCACAAAAAAGCCAAUUUUCGGUUUUUCGACGCCACUGAUAAACCAGUGACGGGUCUAGACAAGAAAUUAACUCUCAACUUGAUUAAUCAGAGUUUUUUUUGCAGGGUAGUUCUUAUUACGGACAUAUUUCAUUUUAAGACAGGCUAACUUUACCCUUAUUAUUCAAUAGCGUAAACUUAGCCUCGUUCUCUUUCUGUCAUAAUUUUAUUUCGCUUCUAGUAAUUUGUGAAAUUAACAUUUAAGUUAUAUAGCAUAUAGUAAAUAAAUCGAUUUACGAUAAACUAAUCUUGAUUUUCUGUGUUUUUGAAAAGGGUUGCGCACAAGAGCAUUGGGCUGAAAUUGAAGUUUAUUCAUUCACUGUGUGUAAAAAUGAAGAAUUCUCUGAAAACUAAUCGAAGAUGAAAAUCUCUUUGAAAACGCAAGAACGAACACGAAGAAAUUCGUGAAAACGCGAUAAAGAAAAAAGAAAAUUGGGGGCAGAAACUUUCAGGACGUAUCCAUCCGUUCACCCUUCAAUGUCCUCUCGUCCCUAAAUCCGUCACCUGUUUCCCGUCAGGUUUGUUCUUUGACGAAAGAACCGUCAUUUAGUGAACUUCUUUCUCAAAAACCAAACCGAAUAUUCCCGUCAUUCAACCACAAUUAGAAAAAAAAUAUUUCUCUUUUGAAUAUUCCACCUUCUAUCUACGUUGUCUAAUAUUCUCACUUCGACGGUGAGUAUUUAAUUAAGGGAUAUAUAUUUUAGUUUCUAAGCAACAACUUAUUGUACACCAUUAAUUUUAGUAUGUGAUACUGUAAGGGCCAGGAAAUUGUACUCUAUAAUAAAUUAUUGAAAUAUGA